UAGAGGCCGAAUCCGGGCGAGCCGAGCAGCGACUGCAGCCCCUUUUGAAUGUGUCUCUCCGUCUGCCUCCCUGGGAAGUCAGAUCGAGGCUGGAGUUCCAUUGGAACCCUGCGCUGCAUUCCUUUCCAUUCAUGCUGGGCAGCAGCGGCGGCGGCGGCAGAAAAGCAAGUGGAGCGCGGAGCCCGGAGUUGCAGCGCGGGGGUUGUUCGGUGUGGAAUGUAAUCAUGGCAGGCGCCUCCGAAGCAAGCUCCGAUUCAAGCUGACUGAGCAGGAUGCCGGCACCCACAAUGUCCUGAAUGUGGAGACUGGUGGAAGAAGAGGAGACAUUAGUCCACAGACAGCUCCUUUCCCUUCUCCACUGCCUUCUGUUUUGCUUCAUUUUUUUCCAGUGGAUAGGUUAAUGCACAACCAUUGCUGGAUGUGAUUCUUUCGCCAUGUGGCUCCUGAGACUAAAGCACCAUUUGUCGGUCAAUAUCUGGACCUUGCUGCUUCUGGGGAGUGCUUGGCUGCCAUUGGAAGAAGGCACUCCCAAGUCCAACUCUCCCUUUAGGACUUUCCAGGUCACCGACUGGAGUUUGACACACCUGGUAGUCCACAACAAAACUGGGGAGGUGUAUGUGGGUGCUGUCAACCGGAUCUAUAAGCUUGCAGACGAUCUGACACUGAUGCGCACUCAUGUCACAGGGCCCGUGGAUGACAAUGAGAAGUGCUACCCACCGCCUAGUGUGCAGUCUUGUCCACAUGGGCUAGUCAGCACCAACAAUGUCAACAAGUUGCUGCUGGUGGAUUAUUCUGGGAAUCGACUGAUAGCCUGUGGCAGUGCUUCUCAGGGCAUUUGCCAGUUUCUGCGCUUGGACGACCUUUUCAAGUUGGGUGAGCCCCAUCAUCGCAAGGAGCACUACCUCUCCAGUGUCAAUGAGUCAGGAACUAUGUCAGGUGUCAUCAUUGAAGUCCCGAAUGGGCAAAACAAGCUCUUCAUUGGAACACCCAUUGAUGGCAAGUCUGAGUACUUCCCUACCCUGUCCAGCCGUAAACUGAUGGCCAGUGAAGAGAAUGCAGAGAUGUUUGGCUUUGUUUAUCAGGAUGAGUUUGUCUCAUCCCAGCUCAAGAUUCCAUCAGAUACACUGUCCAAGUUCCCCACAUUUGAUAUCUACUACAUCUAUAGCUUCAGCAGUGAGCAGUUUGUCUAUUACCUGACCUUGCAACUAGACACCCAGCUUACCUCGCCUGACUCCACCGGGGAGCAAUUUUUCACCUCCAAGGUUGUUCGGCUGUGUGUAGAUGAUCCCAAGUUCUACUCAUAUGUGGAAUUCCCCAUUGGUUGUAUUCGUGAUGGCAUUGAAUAUCGCCUGAUUCAGGACGCUUACCUAAGUAAGCCCGGAAAGGCACUGGCCAAGCAGUUGGGCAUCUCAGAGCAGGAGGAUAUCCUCUUCACCAUCUUCUCUCAGGGCCAGAAGAACAGGGUGAAGCCACCAAAGGAAUCUGUCCUUUGCCUCUUCACACUGAAGAAGAUCAAAGACAAGAUCAAGGAGCGCAUCCAGUCUUGCUAUCGUGGGGAGGGGAAGCUUUCUCUGCCUUGGCUUUUGAACAAGGAGUUGGGAUGCAUAAACUCACCCCUGCAAAUUGAUGACAAUUUCUGUGGUCAGGAUUUUAACCAGCCAUUGGGUGGAACAGUCACCAUUGAAGGUGUGCCGCUCUUUGUGGACAAGGAAGAUGGCAUGACAUCAGUGGCUGCGUAUGACUACCGUGGGCACACCGUGGUCUUUGCUGGGACACGGAGAGGCAGGAUAAAAAAGAUCCUUGUGGACCCUGCCAAUCCCAUUGGACGUUCAGCAUUGCAGUAUGAGAAUGUCAUAGCCCAUGAUGGCAGCUCCAUCCUGCGGGACUUAGUGCUCAGCCCUGAUCUCCAGUACCUCUAUGCUAUGACUGAGAAACAGGUGACCCGUGUGCCAGUGGAGAGUUGUGAGCAAUAUACAACCUGUGCGCUAUGUCUGGGCUCUAGGGACCCUCACUGUGGCUGGUGUGUCCUGCACAACAUCUGCUCACGGAAGGACCGAUGUGAAAGAGCUGAUGAACCUCAGCGCUUUGCUUCAGAUCUACGCCAGUGCGUCCAGCUCACCAUCCAGCCCAAGAACAUAUCGGUCACCAUGUCAGAAGUCCCGCUGGUUCUGCAGGCCCGGAAUGUCCCUGAUCUCUCUGCUGGCGUGAACUGCUCAUUUGAAGAUUUUACGGAGUCUGAAAGUCGCAUUGAAGAUGGCAAGAUCUACUGUAGUUCUCCUUCUGCAAAAGAUGUCAUCCCUAUUACCAGAGGGCGAGGCGACAAGCGAGUGGUAAAGCUCUACCUCAAAUCCAAGGAGACUGGGAAGAAGUUUGCAGCUGUGGAUUUUGUCUUUUACAACUGCAGUGUUCACCAAUCUUGCCUGUCCUGUGUGAAUGGAUUCUUCCCUUGCCAUUGGUGUAAAUAUCGUCAUAUUUGUACCCACAAUGCCGCUGACUGUUCCUUUCUGGAAGGGCGUGUCAACAUGUCUGAGGACUGCCCACAGAUCCUUCCAUCUACCCAGAUAUAUAUCCCUGUGGGUGUGGUGAAGCCUAUCACUUUGACUGCCAAAAACCUGCCACAGCCACAGUCUGGACAGCGCAAUUACGAGUGCAUCUUCCAUAUCCCUGGCACAUCCCAGCGUGUCACUGCCCUGCGCUUUAACAGCACCAGCAUCCAGUGCCAAAACACUUCGUAUUCCUAUGAAGGGAAUGGCAUCAGUGACCUCCCGGUGAACCUUUCCGUGGUAUGGAAUGGGAACUUCAUCAUUGACAAUCCCCAGAACAUCCAGGCUCACCUAUACAAGUGCUCAGCUCUGCGUGAAAGCUGUGGGCUGUGCCUCAAGGCAGAUCCACGCUUCGAGUGUGGCUGGUGUGUGUCAGAAAAGCGAUGUUCCCUGCGCCAACAUUGCCCAGCCUCUGAGAGCAGCUGGAUGCAUGCCAGCAAUGGCAAUAGCCGCUGUGCGGACCCCAAAAUCAUUAAGCUGACACCUGAAACAGGCCCCCGGCAGGGCGGUACUCGCUUAACCAUCACUGGAGAGAACCUGGGCCUGAAGUUUGAGGACGUACGCUUGGGUGUGUGGGUUGGCAAAGUGACGUGCAUGCCCAUCGAGAGUGAAUACAUCAGUGCUGAGCAGAUCGUCUGUGAGAUUGGAGAAGCCAGCCCAAGCAAAAUCCAAGAGGCCCCUGUGGAAGUUUGUGUCAGGGACUGCUCCCCCAGCUACAAGGCUAUAUCCCCGAAAAGCUUCACCUUUGUGACUCCCACUUUCUCGCAAGUGUCACCAGCUCGGGGCCCUGUCUCUGGGGGCACCUGGAUCAGCAUAAAAGGAAAGCACCUUGAUGCAGGAAGUGACAUCACAGUAACCAUUGGAGGGCAACAGUGCGCAUUUCCAAGGAGAAAUUCUGUUGAAAUCCGGUGCAGGACACCACCUGGCCAAAGCGCAGGAGAGUCUCCCAUCCUCAUCCAUAUAAACCGGGCUAUACUUAGCAGCCCUGAGGUGGCAUAUUUUUAUACUGAUGACCCCACCAUUCAGAAGAUAGACCCCGAAUGGAGCAUCAACAGUGGUGGUACACUGUUGACUGUGACAGGCACCAAUCUGGCCACUAUCAAAGAACCCAGGAUCCGAGCCAAGUAUGGCUCUGCUGAGAGUGAGAAUAACUGCACGGUCUACAACGACACCACCAUGGUGUGCUAUGCUCCCUCCAUUGACAACCCAGUCCGGAGUCCUCCAGAGUUUGGUGAUCGCCCAGAUGAAAUUGGUUUUGUCAUGGAUAAUGUCCAGGCCUUGCUGAUCAUCAACAAAACCAGCUUUGUCUAUUACCCAGACCCUGUGUUUGAGUCUCUCCCCUCUGGAAUGCUGGAGCUCAAGCCAAGCUCUCCACUCAUCCUCAAGGGCCGUAACCUGCUUCCUCCAGCACCUGGAAAUUCCCGGCUAAACUACACGGUGCUAAUUGGCGACACUCCCUGUGCUCUUACGGUUUCUGAGACCCAGCUUCUUUGCGAGUCACCCAAUCUCACAGGACAGCACAAAGUGACGAUCAAGGCUGGGGGCUUUGAAUUCUCCCCAGGGAUGCUGCAGAUCUAUUCAGACAACUUGUUGACCCUGCCAGCCAUUAUUGGAAUUGGUGGGGGCGGGGGUCUCCUCUUACUCAUCAUCAUCAUCGUCCUCAUUGCAUACAAGCGGAAAUCCCGAGAUGCUGACCGCACCCUCAAACGUCUACAGCUGCAGAUGGACAACUUGGAAUCCCGCGUGGCCUUGGAGUGCAAGGAAGCUUUUGCUGAACUGCAGACAGACAUCCAUGAGCUGACCAACGACUUGGACGGAGCCGGCAUCCCCUUUUUGGAUUAUCGCACCUAUGCCAUGAGGGUCCUCUUCCCGGGAAUAGAAGACCACCCUGUGCUGAAGGAAAUGGAGGUCCAGGCAAACGUGGAGAAGUCUUUGACCCUCUUUGGACAGCUCUUGAACAAAAAGCACUUCCUGUUGACCUUCAUUCGCACUUUGGAGGCACAGCGCAGCUUCUCCAUGAGGGACCGGGGCAACGUGGCCUCUUUAAUCAUGACAGCGCUGCAGGGCGAGAUGGAGUAUGCCACUGGGGUGCUCAAGCAGCUUCUCUCAGACUUGAUCGAAAAGAACUUGGAGAGCAAGAACCAUCCAAAACUGCUCUUGAGGAGGACUGAGUCGGUGGCUGAAAAAAUGCUGACAAAUUGGUUCACGUUCCUUCUGUACAAGUUCUUAAAGGAGUGUGCAGGUGAACCUCUGUUCAUGCUUUACUGUGCCAUCAAACAGCAGAUGGAGAAGGGACCCAUUGAUGCUAUCACUGGAGAGGCUCGCUACUCCUUAAGUGAAGACAAGCUCAUCCGUCAACAAAUUGACUACAAAAUGCUGACGCUGAACUGUGUGAACCCUGAGAAUGAAAAUGCUCCCGAGAUCCCAGUCAAGGUUCUAAACUGUGACACCAUCACACAAGUGAAGGAGAAGCUUUUGGAUGCUGUGUAUAAAGGAGUCCCUUACUCACAGAGACCUAAGGCAGGGGACAUGGACCUGGUGAGCACGAUCCCCAGUGACCCCAUGCCCUUCUCUUCCAUCGGUGCAGAGUGGCGGCAGGGCAGGAUGGCUCGGAUAAUUCUGCAAGAUGAAGAUGUCACGACAAAGAUUGACAAUGACUGGAAAAGGCUCAACACUCUCGCCCAUUACCAGGUGACAGAUGGUUCCUCUGUGGCCCUGGUGCCCAAGCAGAAUUCAGCUUACAACAUUUCCAACUCCUCCACCUUCACCAAAUCACUCAGCAGAUAUGAGAGUAUGCUCCGGACAGCCAGCAGCCCUGACAGCCUUCGUUCCCGGACCCCCAUGAUCACUCCUGACCUGGAGAGCGGCACCAAGCUGUGGCACCUGGUGAAGAAUCACGAUCACAUGGACCAGCGAGAAGGUGACCGUGGCAGCAAGAUGGUCUCAGAAAUCUACUUGACCCGCCUGCUAGCCACCAAGGGAACCUUGCAGAAGUUUGUUGACGACCUCUUUGAGACCAUAUUCAGCACCGCCCACCGAGGGAGUGCCUUGCCUCUCGCCAUCAAGUACAUGUUUGAUUUCCUGGACGAACAAGCUGAUAAGCACCAGAUCAAUGACUACGAUGUCAGGCACACUUGGAAGAGUAAUUGUCUACCUCUGCGCUUUUGGGUGAAUGUGAUUAAGAACCCCCAGUUUGUGUUUGACAUUCACAAGAACAGUAUUACUGAUGCCUGCCUAUCAGUGGUGGCUCAGACAUUCAUGGACUCCUGCUCAACUUCUGAGCACAAGCUAGGGAAAGACUCUCCCUCCAAUAAACUACUGUACGCCAAGGACAUCCCCAACUAUAAGAGCUGGGUAGAAAGAUAUUAUGCAGAUAUUGCUAAAAUGCCAGCAAUCAGCGACCAAGACAUGAGCGCCUACCUGGCAGAGCAGUCCCGGUUACACCUGAGCCAGUUCAACAGUAUGAGCGCGCUGCAUGAGAUCUACUCAUAUAUCACCAAGUACAAGGAUGAGAUUUUAGCUGCUUUAGAGAAGGACGAACAGGCCCGAAGGCAACGGCUGCGGAGUAAGUUGGAGCAGGCAAUUGACACAAUGGCCCUAAGUAGCUGAAAAGGUCGAGAUGGUGCUGCAGACUUCCCUGGCAGUGGACUCUUAAGGGAGAGAGAGAGCGGCAAGUGAGUCGCGGCAGCAAGAAAGCAAUCAAGGAAUACAUUGGGGCCUGGCACCAAACAAUGCACAGAAUCUGCUGCGUCUCAGAACACUUUACACACAAUGAACAGCAAAACAACAACAACGUAAGACCGCCGUUCUCAAAAGCAAACGGAGCCUAUCUUAAAGACCUUUUGGAAGGAGUGACGUAGCAAAGAACCUGAAGGACCCCAGGAGAUGUGCAAGGAGGGCCAGUGAGACAAAUCCCUGCUCAGCUGCCACUGCCUCCCUUCUCCGGCUCCCACCAAGGCCUGCUCCAGAUUUGGCAAUGGAAGGUUGGGGACUGCACUAACGUCUAGGACAACCUUUUUACAUUAUGGUUUUUCCCCCCAUGGCAGGCGGUUUGGUAGGCUUACAAUUCCCCGCCCCUUCUCCCUGUACUUCCUUCCUUUCCCGCCUUGCCUGGACAGCUCCACUCUCUACCUUCUCUUCCAUACUCUCUGGCCUUCUUCCUCUAGUGUUAACUGCUAUAUUUGCACAAUUUCCACAAGCUAGGUUUUGUUUUUGUUUUUGUUUUUGAAAAAGAUUUAAAAUAUAUGAGUGUGGGGAGGUUCUAAAUUUUAAACAAAACAUUGCAGGAUUUUUUUUAAAUUUUUUUUUCAACAAAAAGAAAGGAGCAUUGCUUGCUUGGGAUAGAAGUGGGGGUGCGUGGAGUCCAAGAGAAGAGCCCCUCUAUCUUUGAUUCUUCCUGCACUUUGUCCUGUGCCAUAUUUUAUUUAUUUUAAUAACAUUUAGCACAGGCCAAAUUGAUGCUCUUGUUUUGAAUGCUGCUUAUGCGGGUGCCGAAGGUUUAAGGUACCCAGAGGGCAAGGAACUUGCAAAAAGGAGGGUGGGCCAUGCAUGGCAAACCCCUGCAGAGAGAUCUUUUCAUGAAUUCCUUUGUGGAAAGUGGCACACUUUUGAGAAAAGUCCCUGCUUUGACUUUUUAUAAAUUAAGACAGGGCUAGCUGUUUGUAAGCGGAGUUUAGCAACUUUCAAAAGUUCUCAUUGCCCCAGCUGCCCCAGAGUAGCCCGCCCCCAGCUGCCCUCAUCUGUACAAUUCCCACUCAUGGGGCAUUUAGACAGAGGGGCACUGCCACGUAUUGCCACUGCAUAGGCACAGUGAAUGGGGGUGGCUGUUUGAACCAACUCUCAGUAUUUCCCUCUUCCGUUGUAGAGGAAAGGCAUCUUAGUAACAGAUGCAGUCAGACUUGGUAGGGUCUGGGUCAUGCAGGAAGCCUAUGAAUAGAUGCUUCUUCUGUGUUGUCUCCAUUUCCGACAGGCCAUGGCAACACCGGGUCUAUUCAGAGAAAUCAUGAGGUCAGACUUCAUGCUAAGAGAUGAGGAACAUGGAGCUGCAGUUUAGCACUGACAGAAACAUUAUAUUUAAGUGGGGUGCCCCUUUAGUUUUUUCAGGUGUGUAAGUGUGUACACGCACCACUUUAGAAUAUUUUAUUUAUUCCUCAUCCCAAGUUCUUCAGCAAAAUGCAGAGCUUCUCUUUUUGUUUUGGUAGCAAUGAAGACCCAAACUCCCAACAGUCUUGUAAUUCCCCUCUGUUGGAAUAAGCAGCUGCACCAGCGGAUUUGCUUCUGGUUAGGCCAAUUAGAAGAGGGUGAGAGAGUGCAGAUAAGAAAUGAGUUUUGUGGAAUUGUAGAGUUGGAAGACUCCAAGUGCCAUCUAGUCCAACGCACUUCAUUAUUACUUAAUUAUUACAUUAUUACUUUUGUGCAGGAAUCAUUAGAUCAUGUGUGAUAGUCUCCAUAGCUUGCUUUGGCUAUGGACUGCUCCAGAGAGCAGGGAAUAAUGAUCUUAGUGGGGAGAGCAGAGCAUUCAUUCAUUCCAAUCUGAUGUUAGCAUUACAAGAGGGGUAAUUCCUGCAACUGAGUUCUGCUUUCUAUUCUCUGCUACUUGGUUCAACCCAAAGUCUGCCUCCUCUUUCCUCUAUGCACCUGGUUCCUGGCUGGCUUUGGGCUUCUCCUGGUUAGCAAACUGCAGUGUAGGAGGCCAGAAGGAACAGGUGUCCCUAUUGGGCCAGAGCAGAGAGGUCUGCAGAAGAAGACCCAGGUGCCGUUAGUUACUGCCAUGUUGCCCAGGUUGUGACCAGGUAUUUCCAGUCCAAUUCAAGGCAAAGGUUCCUGUGUUGCUGCCAUGGUGUUUCCCAAGACAUCCAGCACUGUUUGGAGGAGAUGUUGUAUGUACCUUGGUUUUGUGUCUGCUCACUCCUUGAGAGUCAGAAGGUGUCCUCAUUUUCAAACUGAAACAACUCCCAUCCCUGGAAUUCAGUAGCCCCAUCUUUGAAAUGUGAAUUAUGUGCUAUCGGAAAGGAGCAUUUUACUUAUUAGUUAGGUUUGCAAAUUUAGGAGGCAACUGUUUAUUCUGCAUCCCACCACCCCUGCAUUAUUCUCAUUCUACACCUAAAGAGCAAUGAAGCUAUGUGAGUGUAGGCAAGAAAGACUGUCCCUAGUUGAACUAGGGUUUGGGUCUAUGGCCUACAAAGUGCAUGUUGGCACUCCAUAAUUUUAAUUUCACACUGGCCUGGAUGUCUUGUACCAAAGGGCAGUUAAUCAAUUCACUGAAAUAAAUAAUUUUUAAAAAAAUAAUAAAUAACAAUCCUGCACACUGAGCAAAGCAUUUCUGAAGGUCCUGAAAUGCCCAUUGGGUCUGAGUUUUCUGGUCCAACCCUAACAAAGAACCAAUACAUCCCAUAUCCAGCCUAAACCACAGUAUGUGAGAGAAACAAGCUCCUGAACUCUUGCUAAAAUCUGUUUCCCUUUGCUCCUCUCUUUUUCAUUAUCUCUACAUCAUUCCAUUCACUGUUCUGACCCUAAGAAUUUUAAUCCCCUCGAUUCAGUUCCUGACAAAUGUAAUGCCUUUAAUUAUCUUUAAAAGUUUACCAGUGUGAUGAAGCCACUGCCCUAAUUCAACUCAGGUGACCAAACCCACCAAAUUUUCAGCCUUCACCCACCCACCCACCCACCCAGUACCAAUAAACUCAGUUGCUAUCUCAAGUCUAGGUUGAAGUUGAGAGAGAGGCUAUUGCAGAACAUACCAAGCCUGAUCCUACCCAUUCCCUGAGAGUGCAAAUAAGGGGAGGAGAGGGGAUGUAAUGAAGUUUUUAAUUAAAAUUUAAAAUGUGUGUGUGUGCGUGUAUAUAUAUAUAUGUUGUUACAAUCUAAUUCUUGUGCCCCAGUGGGGCACUGUAUAGUUAACAGAAAGAGCUCAAACCAGUAUCACAUACGGUUUUUACACAACCAGUGGAAAAUACCAAAUGGAUAAAAUUUCAAACAUUUCUCAUCAAGCAGAACAAUCAUUUGAAGCCUAUAUACAUCUCAGAUUGCUUUGUAAUUUUGUUUUUAUCCUUUUUAAUUAUUUUUAAUUAAAGAGGAGGAAGAGAAGAAGACAAGACGACAAUAAAAAUAUAAUGGAAAAACACCUAGGGAUUCCUGAGAUCUCUCUGGAUCCAUAGGACCUGUGGGCUGUUGCAUGACUGUGCUAGAGUUUAGUCUGAGUUGAACUUUUUUUAAAAGAAAAAAAAUGCAAGUGUUGAAUACUAGAGGUUUGUUUAGACCUUUUUAUUUUUGAAAUUUUGGAAUUAAUUUGCCACUUCUUGUAUAAGAAAAAAAAAAAGAAUUAACUGUUUAUUUCUGGAAAAAAUGGUACUCAGAAGCCUUAAAGGACAGCUAAGUGUUUCUACACGCAAAAGAUACUGUAAUAUUUUACAGGUUUCCCCUCCUUGGACUUUGCUUCAAGUGUACUUGGAAGCAUAAAUCAUUACAUGAUUGACACUUAAAAGAGAUAGAGGCUCGAUCUUUUGGCUUGAUGUAAGUCAGCACCAUUUUAUGAAAAACUAAAGUGCCAUCCUGACUUUUUAGAAGCAAAUGACAAAAUCCCCCUCUGUUGAUUGCAUAGAGAGCAAACGUUUGACUGGAAAAUGCCAUAUACCAUAGAGCCACUCACUUAUCCAGGUAUCUCAGCAAUAACAUAUUGGGAGACUUCACUAUAAAAAUAGUAUUCAGUGGGUUACCUCAAGUGAACAACUUUUAUCUUUGCCGAUAAAAACUCAACAAAGUGCAUUAGAAGUUGGCUUAAUUUGAAGGGCCUGCAGAAUGCGAGUUGGUUUGUUCAGUCUUCAGGACUGGCCUUUAGAAAGACCUGGCUAAUUGCAUCCUAUCUUCCCAGUUCCUAGCCUUCAGUGAACCAAGUCAUCUCCAUGUGGGCCAUGGCAGCAGAGGGGUGGGGGAAAGAGUUAUUAGCCUAACGCUUAGUAGAAUUGUAGAUAUUUAACUUGCCACUAGGGAUGUUUGUGGAGUGGAGGAAUACUUUCCCUGUGUCCAGACUCUCUGCACAGUGGACAGACCGCCAGCUGAAAUAACUGGAAAGCAACAGCUAAAUCAGCUCCUGUGCAAAUACGUCAGGUUGAUAAAGUUUGUGAUUCAGUCUGUCAGGCUGCAAGCUUUCUGGACAGUUCGUAUUUAAUCUUUUGUACAGAAUCCCAGUGGAAUCUCAGCAGCAGCAGCAUAAGGGGCACGCAUGCAAGCACCAAGAUGGCAAGGCUCAGUGGGGUUUUUUCUGGGGGUAUUCAAGUGUAUACUGGCACCUCCCCCCCCCACUAAAAGUAAAGCACUUCUUAAAAGUGUGGCACUUACUUUAACAACUUCAUGGUGAGCACACCACGCAGAGUUGGGCUUCCUUUCCCUCUGGCACUGCCUUCGCCAGUCACAAUUCUGCCGCAGAAACCAAGCCAGUGACUUUGCAGACAAUGCCUGGGGCAGAAGAGAAACUCAGUGGCAUCUCCCCAAGGCGGUGAGCAGAGACAAAGCAGAUAGCAGACAAGCAGCGAGUCCAAAUUUUCAUCUUCUUUCUCACCCCAGUGCCUGCAAUUCCACUGAAAUCAACAUGAUUUUUUUUAUUUUUUUUGUCAGCAGACACUCGUUCACUGUGUUAAAAAGAUUUGCAAUCUGGCUCACACCUAGAGGAUCUUUUUUCUUUCUUUCUUGGGCAGUUUUAAUCUUAGUUGCUUCCAUAUUAGCCACUUUCUCUGGAAUCGCCUUCCUUUGUGCAUUUGCUCGUUAUGGAACAUUCAGACAGCAUCGUUCUUAAAUCACUGCAUUCUGGUCUUUCCUGUCUUGUCCUGUCCCCCCCCCCCCACCGCCAUACUGAUUCAUGGCAAAAAUUUGGGUAAUGAAAUGCAGUUGGAUCACCAGCCUGUACUGCAGGGCUAGGCAAAAUGUUGUUGGGAGUUCCUGUGCCCUUAAUUUAAGUUUUAUCUUGUUUGCAGAUCUUGCCCAUUUCAUAUCUUUCUCUUGAUCAUGGCUGGAGCAUUAGUGAUGAAUAAUUGCUUAAUUGCCUUUUAUCUAGUUAUUUAUUUAUUUAUUGGGGGAGGGGGG